GAUACAAGUCACCGGGGGAUGCAGCCACCCCGUUCCUCCCUCGCUUUCCCCUGUUCCUCGCUUCCUCCCCUUUCCCACGCCAAGAAACCACGCUGCCACCGCCCUCCUCGAUCCCAAUCCCUCCCUCUCGCGAUCGCAAACGGGGCGUCGACUCGCCCGGUCGGCCCCGCCUCGCCAAUCAGCACCAAUCCGCCGCUUCCUUCUGCGGUGUGUCUGGUUCGUGCUCUGUAUCGGAGACUGGAGCCGAGAUGACAAUGCCGGGGUCUCCGGCGAGACCGAGCUUCUCGUCCCUCCGCGGCGCCCGGUGGCGCGCCGAUCUCGGCAUCCUCCCCGGCUCCGCCGCUGUCUCCAUCGACGAGCUCCGCCGCGCCGCCGCGGACUCCCGCCGGAGAUAUGCUAAUUUGCGGAGAAGGCUAUUAAUAGAUCCCCAUCUUUCCAAGGAUGAAGAAGGUGCCCCUGACUUGAUUGUGGAGAAUCCACUGUCACAGAACCCAGACAGCACUUGGGGUCAAUAUUUCAAGAAUGCGGAGCUUGAGAAAAUGCUUAAUCAAGAUCUAUCGCGGCUGUAUCCUGAACUGGGGGACUUCUUCCAAACAAGCACAUGUCAGUCUAUGCUUGGACGUAUAUUGUUAGUAUGGAGCCUUAGAUACCCAGAGUUUGGUUACAGACAAGGAAUGCAUGAACUCUUAGCUCCUCUUCUCUAUGUCCUUCAUGCUGAUGUGCAGCACUUCAAACAAGUCAGGGACCUUCAUGAAGAGCUUCUGGAUGAUGAUUUUGAUGGCCAAACUUUUCCGGAUCGGUCAAAGCUGAACAGAAGUGACAGGAAAAACAAUGUUGAGGGUAGAACAUCUAAAAUUAGAAGUUUGGCCGACCUUGAUCCUGAUACUAGGGAUCUGUUCUUGAUAAAUGAUGCAUACGGAGCAGAGGGUGAGCUGGGCAUUAUUUUAUCAGAAAAGUUUAUGGAGCAUGAUGUGUACUCGAUGUUUGAGAAUUUAAUGAAUGGUGCCCAAGGAGUGGUUGCUAUCACUGACUUCUAUUCUCUCAGUCCUGCACCAGAAUCAAGCACUGGUUUAACACCUGUAAGGGAGGCAUCAUCUGCAAUAUAUCACUUGCUUGCUAGUGUGGAUUCCUCUCUUCAUAGUCACCUUGUGGAAUUGGGGGUGGAACCUCAAUACUUUGCAUUGCGAUGGCUUCGUGUCCUAUUUGGUCGUGAAUUUUCACUUGACAAUCUUCUGUUUAUUUGGGAUGAGAUAUUCUCUUCUCCUAACCAUUCAUAUUCUACCGACAUCAGUAUGACUGACUAUCAUUUUAAAGUCUUAAGUUCUCCUCGUGGGGCACUGAUUUUGUCAAUGGCAGUCUCAAUGAUGCUUCAUCUCAGAUCCUCCUUGUUAGGGAGCGAACAUGCCACUUCUUGCCUAGUGAGGUUGUUAAAUUUUCCAGAAGAUAUUGACUUAAAGACAUUAAUUGAGAAAGCCACGUUACUGCAAUCUCUUGCCCUUGAAGCAAAUCUUCCUUCAUCCUCUGUGAGAGGAAAAUCUCUCUUGUCUACACCCAACUAUUGGGAAGAGACAUGGAAGAUUCUCCAAUCAUCAAUAGACCAAAAGGGUGGUGGUGUCUUCAAGAUGAAGGGAAGGGGCUUCUUGAGAAGAAGCUUGUCUAACACUAACACUGAAUCAAAUGUUUCCAGAAGCAAGGCUGCUAAUUCUGAAAAGAACAAUUUUACUUCAACUAGGCAGCCUACUAUUGAUGAACUUCACAAUACUGAUGUAGUUCCUGCAAAUCUCAUAAAUAGUGUGCCACAGAUGCCUAUAGAAGAACAAAAGGAUCAUAUUGGUCAAAGUACUUCAGAGGCUAUUGGGAGUAAUUCAAAGAAUUCUCAUGAGACAGGCCAGCGUGAUGGUUACUGCUCAACUUCAGGUGAAAUUAAGGAUUCUCUUGGAGCAGCCAGUGGGUAUUUAUCGAGGACCAGUAGCACCUCUUUGUCAUGUGGUACUGAAUACGAUCAUGAUACCCAUCAUAUGGAAGAACCAUGUGUUCCCUGUGAUGACAAUGUGGUUAAUGAGCCUGAUCCACACUCUGGGCACAGAGAUAGAACUGAUGAAGCAACAGCCACAAUGAAUCGAACAUCUGGAGUAGUGGAAACUCAUCCAGUUCAACAGGAAAGACUCUGUUCUGUUGAUGGAAAGUUGAAAAUAAAAUAUGACCAAAAUCCCACUAUGGCUGAAGGUGGCCAAAAGGAAACAUUGGUAAUAGGUUCGAUUUCAAAUACGGCUGAUAAAGAGUUAACCAGAACAUUAAGAUAUCUCGGUGAAUCAAUGGUUGAGAACAUUCAGGCUAUCGAGUUGCUAUUUCAACCCAAUUCACUCUCAACUUCGGUGGAGAAACUUGAGAAAUCUAUGUCUAGUAGCACAGAGCAAGCUAAGGCGGCAGCAGCUCUAAAAGAACUAAGGAAGAUCAGUGACCUUCUACGUCAAAUCUAACCAGUACAGCUAUACAUAUUUUUUCUCUACAUAUACGUUUUUUUUAGUUUCUAUACAUAUCUCCAUUUGACAACGAUUUUAUGUAACAUGCCAACAGUGUAUAACCAUCUGACUGGUUGGUAAAUAGUAGUUUGUAAGAUAAAUCGUAAUUGUACAUCUGAACAGCUGUUUGAUGGUUGUGAAGUGAAGGCUGAAUAUAAUUUUUCUGGCUUGUGACCCAAA